AAGAGGACGGAGCGGAACGGGACUGAACGCAACGCCAAUUCACGACACUAUUUUCAUCUUUAUGUAGUUUUUCGGCAAAUUUGUUAUUGCCAGACAUUGUUUGUUUGUGGUUUUCUACAUUCGCCCCUCCCUCGUGCACCCCCGUCCAACCAGUGUGCGUAGUGAAACCAUGACUGCAAGCCCGUGCGCGAAGAACGUUGGGGUUUGGCCCAUUUUAAAGUCAAGAACGAAGGUGUAGUGCUGUGUGAUGGCGGUCGGCUGUGCCUGUCUGCCUCUGCGGUCUGUGCCCACUUUCGCCUUGUAACGCGCGUCCUCGCCUAGCCGGGCUGUGGAAGCUGUAGAAAAUGGUGUGCUGAGCCGGAGGAAGAGGGUGGAAAUCUUGCCCCCAGCCAUCCCUUGGCCGUCCCUUGGCCCUAGCCCGCCCAGGAGCCGAGCCGCCGAGCCUGGCAAGCCUGUGCUGAGGCCUGCCGAGGUUAGCAGCCACAGCGUAGCGGUGCAGACUAAAGACGGGUCGGGUCGCACCACUCGGCCCAGGACGGCGACGACGGGGACGGGCCCCAAGGCGGGCCGAGGCGGCUCCGCGUUCAAGUGCGGCAGUGACGGAAAUGCAAGAAAAAGCAUUGCAAAGACAUCGCGAGUGCCCGUGACCGAUUGACAGAGUUGGACCGAGUGGAAACACGCCCCAAACAUUGCCAUUGCCAGGCGGAAUGCUAUAGCUGUGCUCAAGACUGAAAAAGGGUGAUGUUGUUGUUGUGAUCAGUGCGAGUGUGUGCGAAACGUGUGCAUAAGGACAUAAUGAGUGCAUCUGGAGCUUUUGUGGAUAGAAUAGACCCGUGGGGCUCCAAGGCUUCACUCAAGAAAAAGAAAAAAAAGUCUCAGGGAUCGUCAAGGUACCGGAAUGCUGGUGAAAUGGAAUUACAAGCCCUCCCCUAUCUUAAAGAUGUGCCAUCAACAGAGCAGGAAGAACUUUUCAUUCGGAAGCUGCGGCAGUGCUGCGUAGCUUUCGACUUCAUGGACCCGGUGACGGACCUUAAGGGGAAGGAGGUCAAGAGGAAUACGCUUAGUGAAUUGGUGGACUACAUUACUUCAGGACGGGGAGUCCUCACUGACCCGGUCUACCCUGAGAUCAUUAAGAUGAUCUCAGCAAAUUUGUUUCGAACAUUGCCACCAAGUGAAAAUCCUGACUUUGACCCAGAAGAGGAUGACCCUACGCUAGAGGCUUCAUGGCCCCAUCUCCAGUUUGUGUAUGAGUUUUUCUUGAGGUUCCUCGAGUCCACUGAUUUCCAACCAGCUAUUGGCAAGAAAGUCAUUGAUCAGAAAUUUGUUCUACAGCUGCUGGAUUUAUUUGACAGUGAAGAUCCCAGGGAAAGAGAUUUUUUGAAAACUGUCUUACAUCGCAUCUAUGGAAAAUUCUUGGGUUUGCGAGCCUUCAUACGCAAACAGAUCAACAACAUCUUUCUUAGGUUUGUUUAUGAAACAGAACAUUUCAAUGGAGUUGGAGAACUCCUUGAAAUUCUUGGAAGCAUUAUCAAUGGGUUUGCAUUACCCUUGAAGGCGGAACAUAAACAGUUCCUCGUCAAAGUGCUCAUUCCCUUGCACAAGGUGAAGUGCCUUGGGCUGUACCAUGCACAGCUGGCCUACUGUGUGGUACAGUUCUUGGAAAAGGACCCAACCCUCACAGAGCCUGUCAUUCAGGGACUGCUCAAGUAUUGGCCCAAGACCUGCAGCCAGAAAGAGGUGAUGUUCCUUGGAGAGAUUGAAGAGAUUUUAGACGUGAUCGAACCAACGCAGUUUGUCAAGAUCCAAGAACCUCUCUUCAGACAAAUUUCUAGAUGUGUUGCCAGUCAUCACUUUCAGGUGGCAGAGAGAGCUUUGUAUUUCUGGAACAAUGAAUACAUAAUGUCCUUAAUUGAGGAAAACAAUCAAGUUAUUAUGCCGAUUGUGUUUCCGUCUCUUUAUCGUAUGAGCAAGGAGCAUUGGAACCAGACUAUCAUUGCUCUUUUGUACAAUGCGCUCAAGUCAUUCAUGGAGAUGAACAGCAAGCUUUUUGAUGAGCUUACAACAGCUUACAAGGCAGAAAGACAAAGGGAAGUGAAGCGGAAGAAAGAAAGAGAGGAGUUGUGGCAGAGACUGUCAGAGCUUGAGGUGAAUAGCCAAUCGAAUAAAGAGCAACAGCUCAAUAAUAAAGAGCCACAGCUCAUUUUCAAGUGAUAAUUGAUACACACACAAGACAGAAAAAGUCAUACAAAUUAUUUGCUGUUACAUUGUGUGAUUGUCGUGGAGUGCAAGGAGUGGAGUCCGGUGCUGCAAACUUGAAAAAGUACAAUGAGCCUUUAGUGUACCUCCUGCCCCGCCCCGCCCAGCCCCGCCCAGCCCCGCCCUUUUUCCUCAGGCCCAACAUGCGGCUGCAACGCUCGUGGCUGCGCCCGGCUGCGCGCAGCAUUAAAACGCCCCUCUCCCGCCCAGCCCCACCAGCCCCACCAGUCCGAUGGCUGACUUUGUCUGACGGACCCGACCCACCUGCGCAUUGUGUCGGCUGUCCAUCGACCAAAUUCCUUGUAACAAUUAAACUUAGUGGAUAAUGUACAUUGUUGAUCUGUCAUCUCAGUCAAUAAAGUAACAAAAUUGUUGUGUAAGUUAAGGUAUCUACCUAUCUAAUAUUUGGAAAAUCUCUGAAGGAAAGGUGAUUUUAUGCCUGUAUGUGUAACAAUAAUGAGAAUGUAACUAUACCUAGACGCUUGAGAUGAUUAGUGAUUCCUUUACAUGUGGAUUUAUCUCAGGUACACACAAGAACAUGCGAACUUUUUUAAUCACUGAUUUAGAGUAAUAGCUAUUUUAAUGUCUGGUUGCUCUUUGUUAUUGAAGGAAUGGCUAACCUUCAUACCUGACCUCUUACGUGUUCUGCCAAUGUGGGGGAGGGGGAAAUUUCUUAGACAUUUUUGUCAAGGGUUUGAAAAUAAUGUAGAUAAGUUCUCUGGCCAGAGAACAUCAAAUUUUGUGUUUCUUCUUUGUAUAAAAAAAAAUGUUUAAAAAAUAUGAAGUGUCAAAACAUCUUUCAAACUCCACUGGAGUGUAGUACAGAGGGUAACUUGGGGAAGCCCUUCAACACAAAAUUAGGCUUCUUAAAUCUUAUUUGUGUGAAAAAUUAAUUAUUAAAGGUUCUUUCAAACGUAAAUAUUCGAGUUAUGUUUUGUUUCUUUUCUACAAAAGAAAAACAUAAAACACCACUUUUUUUGUAAAAGACCCCUUAAAUGAAGCCAUAUCACUUCCGCUCAGAGUCCUCUAGUGAAACCUCAUGUUUCAUUGAGAAAAUGCUCCAGGCAAUAGUCAGUCACCUGAUUUCUAUCUCGUUUUCUUUUUAACCGUAAGGCUGACUUUUGAAUGUCUUUGUUAGGAUAUGUAUAUUUUUUUUUUUAAUGUCAUAGUUUUGAAGAAUAUAUCAAUACAAUUAUGUGUAAAAUGAACUCCAUUGUUAGUGAUUGAUGCCAUGGCAUUUAACCAAUGUGUGCUCUGUAACAUCCCAUUCACCUUUUUGCGUAUCCAAGAACGAGACAUUCAUCAAGUAUUUUCAAUUUCCUGUUGUUAGAGGUUGUCCUGACGUUUAUCCCCAGCCCAAGUGGGUCUUAUGUAUGUGACAAAUACAUAUAUGAUAUUUGCUUGAUGAGAAAUUGCGCUUAUUUUACAAAUGUGAAUGUGCAUAUUUUAUAAAAUAUGUAUAUAUGGUUGUCAAAUUGAUCCAGAGGUCUAUGUUAUAUGAAAAAGAAUGUGGGUCCCUGUUUCAAGAGUGCCCUUGUAGAAAGUGCUUUACAAGGCUUACCAUUACACCUUGUAUAGUACACCUAUUCAGUGCAUUCUGUUCUCAAGAAGAAGCCUUCGUCUUCUUGGAACAUUGCGUACCUAGCAAACUUCAGAGACUUUUUCCAUAUUGCCACCAUUGUCAUUAUGUAAUUCGGAGAGAAUUAUAAAGCAUUGUUUAGGGUUUUGAA